UCGCCAUGGCCGCCCACGCCGCGAACGCUCCAGACGAGGAGGAGCCGCCCGUCCUGCUAGACCGCGCGGCGCGCGCCACCCGAGGCAAGAGGAUAACCAAGCUAGUCGAGGAGGAGGUCGAGCAUGACGAGGCUUUCUGGGGCCAAGCAGCUCUCAAGGAGGACGAAGAGGAUGAUAACUAUCAGGAAGAGCAGGAUGCUGGCGACGAGUUCGACAGUGAUUUCAGUGAACAAGAACCUGAACCUGAUGGUGACCCAGAGAAUGAAGUACAUGAGAGAUUACCCAUUAAGAAGCGAUUAGUUUUCCCUGGGAAGACCAUGAAAAAGAUGAAAGCCAAUAAGAAGAAGAAGAAGAUGAAGGUCAUCAAAGUGGAGGAUGAAGGUGCAAUCGACGAGACUGCUGAUGGGGCUACUACAUCCAAACAAUCAGACUUUCCCGAUGACUUGGAGUUCGAGAAGACCACCAGGAAAUCAACCAGAACAGCUGUCGUCGUGCGACAAGCUGAAAGAGAAGCAAUACGUGCUGAAAAGCAAGCGACUGCUAGGCCAAUUAAGAAGAGAAAAGAGGGAGAAGAAAAACGUAUGACACAAGAAGAGAUGCUUUUAGAAGCAGCUGAAACAGAGAUCAUGAACAUGAGAAAUCUUGAGCGUGUACUGGCAAGAGAGGAGGAGGUGAAGAAAAAGGCUGUUGUUCAGAAAGCCGUUUAUGAGGGUCCUACACUUCGAUUUUACUCAAGAGAUGGGAAUUCACAUCUGGAAUUUAUCAAUGGGGCAUCAUUUGGGUCUGAACUUUGUACGACUUCGACUCCUUAUCCGGAGAAACCUGUUUGUGCUGUGACAGGACUUCCUGCCAAAUACCGUGACCCAAAGACAGGAUUGCCUUAUGCAACAAUGGCAGCAUUUAAGAUCAUCCGAGAGAGUUUCCUGAAAGAGGAGCCUGAUAAGAAGAGGCCCAACAUUUCAAGUAUGGGGGAACUGUUCGAGUCAGUAACCAGCGAAUAUUCUACGCCUAAGAAGAGAAGGAUUGAGACAGCAAGGUCACCAAUAUCAGGGGACCUAAGGCACGGCGCACGCUUCAGACGAAUACCCGCUCUUGAUAUGAUGGACGAGGACUGAUAAGCGUGGCUGCAUAUGGUGCCGGUGUAACAUGAGGACUGUCCAGGGAUAUCUGACGACAUGGUUUGCAUAUGAUGCGUCGCUGUGUUAGCAUUGGAAAUAGUACAGUGACACGCUAUGUUCUUGAUGCAGCUUGUAAAAUUGUCGCCCAUUGCAUGUUGUUGUAAAAGUAGUUUGAUCAGUUCGUGGCUUCUUGUACCAGAUUCCCAUACU